AUGAUUGUUGCAGUUGAUGUCGUUGCUCGUUCUGCAAUCGAUAUAACUACAUUCAUAAUUGAGCCUGGCUUCAAUACGAAACGCAACAGUCUUGAAUCUAUCUAUCUAUCUAUCUAUCUAUCUAUCUAUCUAUCUAUCUAUCUAUCUAUCUAUCUAUCUAUCUGUGGAUGGGUAUAUGAGGUUUUCUGUUUGCGUCCAUUUUUAAAGAUUUUUCUUUCUGUUCCCGUUUCAGGUUUUCUCUAUAUAUGUCCUUUUUUCAGUUUUUUCUAUAUGCUCUCCUUUCAAGUUUUCUUUUUUCUGGUUAUCUAUUUUGUCCUCUUUUCAAGUUUUCCUCUACGUGUUCUCUGUCCCUGUUUUCUCUUUGUGUUCACUUUUCAUUUUGUCGUUGUGUUCUUUUUUUCAGGUUUACUUUUUUGCGUCCUCAUUUCAGAUUUUUGUCUUUGUAUUCUCUCCUCAGGUUUCCUCUAUAUUUUCUCUAUCCAGUCUAUCUAUCUAUCUAUCUAUCUAUCUAUCUAUCUAUCUAUCUAUCUAAGCCUGCCUUUUUCUAUCUUGCUUUUUUACUUCAUUCUAUCUAUCUAUCUAUCUAUCUAUCUAUCUAUCUAUCUAUCUAUCUAUCUAUCUAAGCCUGCCUUUUUCUAUCUUGGUCUAUAUGUCCUAGCUUAUCUAUCUAUCUAUCUAUCUAUCUAUCUAUCUAUCUAUCUAUCUAUCUAUCUAUCUAAGCCUGCCUUUUUCUAUCUUGGUCUAUAUUAUCUCUUGACGUUCACUACUAUCUAUCUAUCUAUAUAUCUCAGUUUCAUCAUUAUCUAUCUAUCUAUCUAUCUAUCUAUCUAUCUAUCUAUCUAUCUAUCUAUCUAUCGCAGUUUCAUCAUUAUCUAUCUAUCUAUCUAUCUAUCUAUCUAUCUAUCUAUCUAUCUAUCUAUCUCAGUUUCUUCAUUAUCUAUCUAUCUAUCUAUCUAUCUAUCUAUCUAUCUAUCUAUCUAUCUAUCUAUCUCCGUUUCUUCAUUCUAUCAUCUAUCUAUCUAUCUAUCUAUCUAUCUAUCUAUCUAUCUAUCUAUCUAUCUAUCUAAGCCUGCCUUUUUCUAUCUUGGUCUAUAUGUCCUAGCUUAUUUACUUCAUUCUAUCUAUCUAUCUAUCUAUCUAUCUAUCUAUCUAUCUAUCUAUCUAAGCCUGCCUUUUUCUAUCUUGGUCUAUAUGUCCGGGGAAAAUUUAUCUCUUGACGUUCACUACUAUCUAUCUAUCUAUCUAUCUAUCUAUCUAUCUAUCUAUCUAUCUAUCUCAGUUUCAUCAUUAUCUAUCUAUCUAUCUAUCUAUCUAUCUAUCUAUCGCAGUUUCAUCAUUAUCUAUCUAUCUAUCUAUCUCAGUUUCUUCAUUAUCUAUCUAUCUAUCUAUCUAUCUAUCUAUCUAUCUAUCUAUCUAUCUAAGCCUGCCCUUUUCUAUCUUGGUCUAUAUGUCCUAGCUUAUUUACUUCAUUCUAUCUAUCUAUCUAUCUAUCUAUCUAUCUAUCUAUCUAAGCCUGCCUUUUUCUAUCUUGGUCUAUAUGUCCUAGCUUAUUUACUUCAAUCUAUCUAUCUAUCUAUCUAUCUAUCUAUCUAUCUAUCUAUCUAUCUAUCUAUCUAUCUAUCUAUCUAA